AUGGAGAAAAUGAGAGGAGUGGAUGUCAAAUUUGUUAAUCCUGAGGUAUAAUAAUUAUUGAUAGUAGAUGUAUAAAAUGCCUUUUGGUGAUUAACCUCAUGAAGAGAAGUUGAAAUGAUUUACAGCCAAUUGGUAGAAUGUCUAUUGUACAAUAAAUUAAUGCUAAAAUAUAAGGAACAUUAAUUUCAACAACAGUCUUAAAUGGUGCUUUUAGUGGCUACCUGUGUAGAAUUGAAAGUGGCUCUUAUUCAUUGGACUAUUAGACACAUGAUAUUGAGCUGAAGUGCCAGCCAGUCAGAAAAAUUGUGGUCAGUGUGGUUUAUUAUAUUUGAGUGGAGCUAGGUCCAUACUUUUAAAACUAUCUGAGCUUGCAAAGAUGAUACUAGUUUUGCCAGGGGUUUGUAAAUCAAUGUUUUUGUAUAAUUAUAUUUACUAUUUUUUCAUGGAGUGUCAUUCCCAUUGGGGUGGUCUCUCUUCAUACCAUCCAGAGCGAGAAGCCCUGGGAAUUAGGUUGCUUUAAUAUUUGACCAGACUUCAGCCUGGGGUUCAGUUAUUGCUUUGACUGCUUAAAAAAGCUUACAGGCAUCUUGCAUGGAAUUUAACAUUAAUAGUUUGAGAUUCAUCUGGAGCCUGGAUUAUAGUGAUCAUGUUUCCUAGGUUUGCAAGCGUGAUUAUUUCUAUGGCGCCUUUGUGAACUUUUCAGAAUAACCGAGUAGGCAAUAGUUCAACCUUCCUGUUAAUUACAAAUUGAGAUUGUGUACCUGAAUGAAAAAGAAUAUGUGACUUGUGCUUUUAUACCUGUAACAGUAACCUAACCAUGUAAUGUAUGAUGAUUGUACAGAUCACUUAUUUAUGGUUCAUUUCAUCCAGGAUGGGUAUGUUGUGAAGACAACAGAUUCCAUCAGUGGAGUGAAAGCUUUUGUCAAUAUUUGCUCUAAUCAGCACAUUGGAAAAGCCUCAUCGCAGUACAUGGAGAAAGAGGAAAAUGGGAAAAAGUAAGCAACUGUAGUCGUUAGAAGCAUAAUAUGCAACAAUAACAAGCAAUCAGCUAAACUGUAAUUUUCAGUUGUCUGUGUGACAUUAAUAUUAACUUUUUCUUUUGAACUCUAUUUUGGUUCGUCAUGUUUAUUUGGAGGUUUACCUGAAGUACACUUUUUAGGGAUAUUACAUGGCCAUGCCGAGAUAAAAAAUUUCUCUACUCUUAAGUCGGUGUUGAAAAAAAUAUCAUGAGUAAUCAUACCCUGCGAGCAUUUUCUUCUCCAGGCCUAAUGCUAUGGGAGAGAAACAGUACAGUACAGUACAGUUAAAAUCCUCCAGACGGUAAAUCUGUUACCAUGGAGUUGCACCAGUUGGGGACUACACGUUCCACUCGUGCAGGGAAACCACUCCUAUCUUGGGUAGACCUCUUUGCCUGCUCAGUGGAGACAUUAAAUAAUUUAGUGAUAUAUAUCCAAGGGUCCUGUUUGUAUCAAUGCCUAAACUUUCCAAUUGAGAACAGCAUCUUCUUUGAGCGACCAUUGGUUUCUUUGGUUGCGCCACUGUCUAAAACAAAAGUGCCCCCUGUGGGGUAGUAUGGAUAUUUUCUGGAACUACACAAUGAAGAUUGAAGACACUGCUAAAAUCUAAACUCAUGUUUGUUUCUUUAAUCUCUUCAAAAAUUCAGGAGAGGUGGCCAGCAGUGGAAUAUCCCCUAUAGCCUUUCCCAUCCCAGAGAUGAUUUUGACAGAGGUACAUGUACUCACAAAAUUGCCAACAUUCCAGUUACUGUAAAUUAUAAUAACUUGAUUUUAUUCUUUUCAGCACAGAGUUUAAAAUGUACAUAUUGCAUAGAUGAUACCAAAAAUAUCAAAUGUAUUCAUGUAAUCUGUACCAAAAUAGAGCUUAUAGUUUACUAUCUUUGUCCUCUGAUGAUUUUAUUAUUUUAUUUUAUUUAGCGGGGAAUAAAUGUGUGGUAUAUGAUGCUGUAUUUCAUCCUGAUACCUAUCAGAAAGGACAGCAGGUAUGGACAUAUUAAAUUUAAGAUGUGCUAGUAGGAAAUAAAUAAUUUAAAUGUUCUUCCUGUAAGGGACAGCUCCCCCUGCCCCGCAAAAAAAAAAAAUGCCAAGAUGUAAUUGCACUUCAGUGUGGAGGGGGUUGUUUAGAAGGCCAGAGUCAGAUCACUAGGGAUCUUAAACGUUUAGUCUUUUGAUGUUUUUCCUGUUUUGGUUAUGACAGGACAAAAGAUUUAAGCAGUUGAUGAUUGAUACAGCACUUGAUGGAAUACAGAAAGAGUUCAAAGCGACACUGGAAAGAAAAAGUAAGUCCAUUUUUUUGGUUAAAAUAACAAGUAUUUUGUCCAACAUUUGGUAAAUGUAAAUUCUCAUACUAUUAAUUAACAUUGUGGAAUAAAUUAUGUUGUGGGUCUUCAAGUUCUUUUGUCCUAACCCAGUGCUUAAAAUUGGUAAAUCAGAUGAUGAAUAAAUGAUAUACAAUGUGCUGGGUCGGGUGAAGCCACCAAAAGUCUGAACAUUGCUGAGUUAUGCAUUACACUAAGCUGUAAUAGAACAUCAACAAUCCUUCUAAAUUUGUUUAUAUUUUUACUUUAGUUUGUUUGUUUGUUUGUUUUUUUCAUUUUCUUAUGCAUUUUCCAGAUCUUAAAUUUCCUAAGAUGAAAUUUAAAGGUGUCAAGAAGGCUACAGUCAUAAGGACAAAGACAGCAGAGGUAUUUGAGCAACUGACUUUUUCUUCUACACUGUAAUUUGUUUUGUAGAACUUAUUGUCUUAUAUGACUAAUACAGAUGUUUUGUUGGCAUACCAUGUACCCAGGGAGUGUACUUCUGAUUUCAAGUGAAGGGGAUUAUCGAAUGGGGGCAAAAAUCAAAACCCCAGAAAAAUCCCUAUGGCGUCUGACAAAACCAACCCAUCCCUGGACCAAAAAUUAACCCUAAAAAAUCCCAUACCGAAUUCCUGAGCCUGCAAAAUUUCCAGAAAGUAUUAAAUGAUAUAAGAUGUUCACUUUGUUUAGUUGUAUUUUAUUCACAAAACCACGUGGUCGAGGUACACGGGCUCUACCACAAACCUUCAUAUUGUAUUGAAUACCGAAAAAACCCAAAAACACAUUUUCCCAAUUUGCUACCCAAAAACAUCCCGGAAUCGAAAAUUUCAAAUCCAAAAAAAAAUCGUUCGAUCAUCCCGGUCAAUUGAAGUCCAGAGUACCCCCCUCCCCUUCUCCCCCUCCCCCCUGCCCCCGACCAUGAAAAAUAUACCUUGCUCUAUAGGUCAAAAUUUGAGUGUACAAAAUGAUUGCUUUUUAAUAAAUAGAUCUCACACUGAGCCAUUUACGCUGUAGCUUCACCCACAAAAGGGUGCAAAAAGUGCUAAAUCGGAGAAUUGUAUAACAGGAGUUGUGAUCCAACUUUAACCUUUAACAUUUCUCCUCUGCUUUGUGCAGGUGCCCGCAGAUUCUGCUGAUUUUACCAUUGGUGGGCAGAAAUUUCCUUAUCCUUACAGUGAUGAACCUGCAGCUGAUUGUAAAGAGGAAAAUAAAAGGGCUACAAAGAUCGAUACCGAGAAGAAACAAAAGGGAACAUCUGAUCCUAGUGUUCCAGAAUACAAAAUUGUGCAUCGGGGACACAUCGACCUCCAGAAUUUCACAUAUGCAAGGUUAUACUUCCUGAUUUGUCAUAUCCUUAUGGUAUACAUGUAAUGUAAAUAAGUAAUGAUUAAAAUACCUCAGGCUAGAGGUGAAUUUUUAGGGGUGUUCCAAUCAAGGCUUUAUCGUCUAAAGUUAACCCUAAGACUUUUGACUUUCAAAUCGAUUUGUUAAGUCAGGCGCGGGCAAAAGAUUAACAAGACGCGCGUCCCUCUUCACAUUACACUUGAACAUCAAGCUCGGACUUCAGCACACAAUGGCGCCUCUGGCUGCCGCCAUCGGUCCAUUUAUGAGCUAACUGUACGAUAUGUGUAUUAAGUGAAGUGAUAGCAUGGGAAGAGAUAGACUACACCUCCGCGAAAGCGUCCCCAGUUCUUUACGAACAGAAGAGUGGGCACUUUUACAUGUACAUCCCUUUCUACAGUUCGUUGAUUAAGGAAGGAUAAAGGAGACGUCGCCUGAUUCCGCGGUUUUGGCCGAUUUUAUAGCACAGACAGCAGUGACGACAGCGCCAAAUAAAAAGCCCGGCUUCACCAAGGGCGGAGCUGCAAAUUAGGCACCGAAAUUUUCGUAAUCUUUUCUAAAGCGACCACUUUCUAAUUAGUCGCAAGGGUGAUAGUAGGAUGCAGUUUUCAGUGGUGUAAAAUCUGAUUGAAUGGUUUCUUUCAGGGAUUCUAAUGCAAAUACAAGACCUAAAGAACUUGUCAUCUACAUUGACUUGCCUAAGCUGGUAAGCAAGAAUCACUUGUUCACGCCCCUUUUUGGUACUGCACAUUACCAUAAGGCACUACUCACUAUUAACCCUUUAGGCCAUAAGAGUGAGCAGCAUCAAAUUUCUCCUUGUAAUAUCUAUGCUUUGUAAAACAAAGUGGUCAUUAGAAUCACGGACGUGAUCACACAAGAUGAGUUUGGUUGAUAUUUUAUCAACUUCCCCCACUACUUCGGUGGGAAAUGAAUUGGGGUAACAAAUGAGAAUUCAAAUUUGAACUUAGGGUUCUUAAAACGGGUUAAGCGCCAUCCCUAACCAAGGGCUGCAUUCUCCUACUAACAACGCGGCGGUUAUGGUUACUGCCGAAAUGCUAAUGGUAACGGGCAAAGAUCUUAAAUAUCUUCUUCCUAUUUCAUUGUUAUAUUUUUACUCUUUUAUUCACAAAGAGAGGGUCCUCUUUCGAGUAAAUAUGCUAGUUCACUUAUUAUUACUUUCUUGUGAUUGUUGUUAACAGAUGUAAGCAAAUAACUUACCAAAAUUAUUGAAUUCAUUAUAACAGGGUUCAAAAAUUCAACUGGCAGGCUGUCUUUUCCAGGAGCCUGGUGAAAAAUAGAGCAACGGAAAAAAUCGGCAAGGGAAACCCUCGGUCUCCUCUAGUUUUCUCCCUUCUCUUUCUCUUGUGCUUGCCACGUACAAUUUAACAUGUUUUUCACAAUCCGAACGCCUGGAACAGAGGCAAACCAGUUGGUCAAUUACAAGCAGGGACGUUAGCUUGGCUUACGUGCUGAAUUUCCCUUCCCCUCCCCCCCCCCUUAAAUACCCUGACGUUUUUAUCUCUUUCCUAGGAAUCCGCCGCCCCAGUAGACUUGGAUAUUUUAGAGAAACAGCUUGUGUUGGAUUGUAAGAAGCCCCCCUACCAUUUAGACAUAUCCUUUACCACAACUGGGCUACAAAAAACUUGUCUCUUGAAGUUUUAUAUUGGUGUCACCGUUUUGGUUUUAGUAACAAAGCAAUAGAGGGCAAGCUUUCUGGCGGAAUGAGGCAAGAUCUCCUCGCUGUCAUAUUCCCCCUUCCAAGACUAUAUGACCACCAAGUGUUUUGUCCCACUGCGAUUCCUGUUUGAUUUUUACGAGCACUGUCUCCCAGCCUUUGUUUUGUAAAAUCCUGAAAACAAAUCAAGCAGUGCUUGUGAAAUUACUGCUGAAGGGAUUUCACUUGAAUAGUCACAUGUUAGGAUUUCAACCCCUAACACAUUCACUCAGCUGUUAAGAUCUAGUGACGUGGAAAGGCCAGUAAAGUGAUCCUGUCAUUGCUUUGUUGAAACGUUAAACAAUUGUUGACGUCCGGGCUAAACAACGACGGUUUGACAUUCAACAACGCCUAAAAGUUUGUCAAAAGAAAGACGAACUGGACAGGAAACGAUAUUUCCUCUCUCCCGAAAGUAACAAACUUUAUAAAAAAGAUAUCUUGGAUUUUUUGUUGUUGUUGUUUUCUCUGAACCCAAUUGGACCGAAUCGUUUGAAUCAAAACCGUCACUAACGCGUGUGUUCCACUUAGCCCUUGAUGUGAAACCUAAGUGUCAUUUACCUUGACUGUACAUACUUGACUCUACCUUAUCCAGUUGAAGAAGAAAAUGGCUCAGCUAAGUUUGACAAGAGCAAAAGGCGACUGAUUGUGACAUUACCAGUCUUACCGCCGCCUAUUCUCAGUGUCCAGACUCCCGUGGUAGGUGACUUACAACAGACAAUAGUCAGACCAUCUCCAGGGGGUGGGACCCCCAUAUAAAAGUGACGGGAAUGCUCGUCGUCUUACUUACGCUAUCAUAGAAAUCUAACGUUUUCAAAAAAAAAGAACAUGACAUCCCUAGCACGAAACAAAUGUAUUUCUUUUGAUGGCAUGGUCUUCUUUAGGGGUCAGUUUAAGCUUGAACCACACCUACAUUGGUCUCCCUUAGGGGUUUAAUUUUAAUUUUCCAACGAGCAUGCCUGUCACUUUUAUAUCUUUUUACCUGCCCCGGGGACCAUCUAGUCAGUGUGCUGUUGGACACGAAUGGUUCGAGUUAGCGGGAGUUCGAGUUAUCGAGGGUUCGAGUUACCGAGGGUAAAAUUACAGUGAAUUUAUGACGGAAAUCCAGGGGAAAUCGAUUUUGGUUCGAGUUAGCGCGAGGUUUGAGUUAGCGAGGGUUCGAGUUAUCGAGUCGACUGUAGGCUGAUUUAGCAACAGAACGGGAACGUCAGUUGACGACGGCCCGAGCAAAUCAAACAACUGGCUUGACCAAUGGCAGAGCGACAAAUUGGGCACCGGAAGUCGAGUUUAGUCCUUUCCGCGGGCUUUCCCGUCGUCAACUGACGUUCCCGUCCUGAUGCUAAAUCAGCAAGCAAAGGCGUUUUUGUGCGACGCACUUCAACCAGAGGUGAGGUCUUUUCACCUGUAAUAUGCCUUGACGCUACCAAAUUUGUGUUGCUAAGUUUCUUCACCAUUAUAAUGACGAUUUGCCCGAAAAUUUGAACAAAAACACUGCCCAAAAAAAGUCCAAUCCCUGUUGCCGUGCGUCGCUCACUUUGCUUAAGCUCUCUAAUAUUUGGAGGUAGGAAUGCUCGUGAAAGCGGAAAGAAAAUAAAUUGUGAGGUAUCGAUUCAGACAAUUGCCCUUUUUUAGAGCUAAUCGCGUACGAGAGGAUGGGUUUUAAGGAGUGAAACACGCUUCCAGUUUGUGCGUUUAUCGGAUAGAAUUUUAUUAGAGCCUCGCGUGAAGUAAAAGCAUUCGUCUGUUACACACACAGGGUGAAGAAACCGACUCAGAAAAGCUGAGUGACACACAGCAAGGUGAACACAAAGGCGAAGAAAUAUUGAAUUCACAAAGUGUAGCGGAGUCUUCUUCUCCAUCAUCCGAUGAAUUAAUAAAACAAGAUGGCGUCACAAUGGAGGGUAAGAACACUUUCGACGUCCCUUGUAGUGAAGAGAACAGCCAACUGCAAUCCGAGGAUACAAAGAAGGUGACAGAUAACUCGAAUAUCAGAUUCAAUCUGUCCAAAUCAUGUUCAGGUAUAGUGUGAACUUUCUAGUGGGAUAAAGAAAACGAGGGGAAAAGUGAAGGAAAGUCAUAAUUUGUCUCUGUAAAUUAAAGGAGCUCUGUCACAAAAUUUAUCAAAAUUCGAACAGUGGGUACGUCAAAAGAAGGUAUUUAAAUGACACACUAAAUACAAAAGGAAGCGCAGAUCAGAUGGACAAACUAGAAGAAGAUUGAUUUGCAAUCAGGUGUGAUUUUUGAACUUGNGAAUUAAUAAAACAAGAUGGCGUCACAAUGGAGGGUAAGAACACUUUCGACGUCCCUUGUAGUGAAGAGAACAGCCAACUGCAAUCCGAGGAUACAAAGAAGGUGACAGAUAACUCGAAUAUCAGAUUCAAUCUGUCCAAAUCAUGUUCAGGUAUAGUGUGAACUUUCUACUGGGAUAAAGAAAACGAGGGGAAAAGUGAAGGAAAGUCAUAAUUUGUCUCUGUAAAUUAAAGGAGCUCUGUCACAAAAUUUAUCAAAAUUCGAACAGUGGGUACGUCAAAAGAAGGUAUUUAAAUGACACACUAAAUACAAAAGGAAGCGCAGAUCAGAUGGACAAACUAGAAGAAGAUUGAUUUGCAAUCAGGUGUGAUUUUUGAACUUGUUAUCCUAACAGUUGUUGAAAGUUCAUUUUUGUACAGUUGUUUUAAUUGUGUGAUAUAAUGCUUGAAAGACACAUUUGUUUGAUACAAAGCUGUGAUUUUGUUAGUCUGCUACACAGCCGUCACGGUUUUUUGUCAUCACGCAAUGCUCCUCCCCACAAUAGUUGCGUUUCGCGAGGCCAUAAAGAACGGCUGUGAAGCACGCCAUGAUUUUGUCCUUCACAAGUAAUUUCUCAUUUUUCAGAGCGAAUAAGGAACAAAAUGAACCAGCCAGCCAGCCUCCCCACAAGGAGCGUUGCGUGACGACACCAAAAACGGCCAUGUAGCAGACUAGCCGUGACACUGCCCCUUUGAUAUUUGGUGCAGUAGUGCUGUAAGUAAAUGUUUAAAACACGAACAGCAGUGUUUUCUCACUGGAGCUUUCUCUCUACAGAGUUUCCUUCGCCAUGUUUCUUCACCUGCCCGCCUUACAAGUAUCACCAGGAUGCUGAGCUCAUCACAUUUAUUAUUUACGUAGCAAAUGUCGCCCUUGAUUCGAUCUCCCUGGGCUUCAACAAAAACAAGGUAAGAGAAGUGGCUAGAGGCAAAUCUCAUGAAAGUGCAUACCCAGCACUAGCACGGCUGGAAAGAACGCCUUCAUUCUGUCAGCCCUAAAAUGUUUGAAAGUGAUAUGUUGAAAACUAACAAAAAAAUACAAACAUUAACCAUAAAGGACUGCAAAGGACCGCAAACGAAUAUGCCAAGGAACUUAGGAUCUAUAAAGACCUGAUCAGCAAAAAUAAUAAUGUAGACAUAUUAAAUUCUGCAAGCAGAAUACUGCAAUCGUGAUAGUACUACAUGAAAAUCAACUCUGCAAGACAUCAACACGACACCGAAAGAAGUCAUCAAUCAGAGUGCGCGGAUAUUUUUCAUCAGAGCUUUCUCUGGUUGUUGCAGCGUACUGACGAGCCCCAAAAAGGGCGAAACAGCCGUCUAUGGCUACAGUCCCGCUCUGUUUUGAGUUCUUUCGGUGUCGUGUUGAUGUCUUGCAGAGUUAAUUUUCACGUAGUACGAUCAGAAUUGCAGUAUUCCGCUGGCAGAAUUUAAUAUGUCUAACAAAAAAAUGGCUGCGCAAAGUCGCGGAAGAUUGCAGACGUGUGAUUGGCUGGGGGGGGUGGGAGGGGGGCAAGUUUGUGGCCCCCAGGUUACAACGUCUUUAAAAUUUCACGACUUUGUGGAGCAAUGUCUCCGCUCGCUUUGGACGUAUCUCCUUGGAACUUGGUAGGUUUUUUUAAUUCUAAAUCGCGAUCUGAUGGAUAUUGGCUUACUGGUCUUUAUCAAAUCUUGAAAAACCGUGGAAGAGUCAACCCCUUCACUGAUUAUACAUUCCUUCUUUUACCUGUUAGGCGUACAUCAGUUUUCCAUCAGGGACUCCACAUCCGGGAGAGUUGCCUUCACCGGAUUACGCCCUUUAUCUUCAGUUCCCGGAUGACCAUAACCUCGACACGGAGCUCUGUAAUAUUGACGUCAGCGAGGAGAACAUUGUUCUGACACUGUACAAACUGGAGGCCUGCAAAGGACUUUGGGACAGUUUCCAUGCUGGUUCCAGCGAAGAUAAACUAGAAGUAUAAAGCUUUGUUACAUUUUAGUUUGUUUUUGUUGUUGUUGUUGUUGUUUUUUACCUUCUUUUCCUUUGCAUAUGCUAUGGAGGUUAGUGUGUUUUAGCACAUGCUCAAAUCGUUUUGGAUAAGAACAAAAUGGAAAAAUAAACUAAAGCAACGUUUUGCUUUGACUGGAAAACCCUCUGUGAUGACAAGUGUGACUCUUGGGUUACAGUGUGGAGCUGAAUUAAACGCGUACACUCUGAAGUGUUUACCGCUGUUCAAACGAGAACAAUUGUUAUCCGUUACAAGCUUGUCCACCCUGGAGAUCCUCUGUAGGAAAAUGGCUAAUAACGAUUGUUCGCGUGUGGACGGACGCCGUUAACAAAUUAUUUAUCCAACAAAUUUGUGAAAAAAAAAACAGCAGAAAUAAAUUCACGGUAUUUAGAGAGAGCGCAUGGCACUUGAUAGUUUCAAGAACUGAUGAACCUGCGGCUCUGUAAGCGUCCUAACUAAAAUGGACAAUCUUUGUAGUGACGUUAUUUGACUACAACUACCAGGGGUAUUUACCAUUUAUAUGGGAAAACCGGUAAUUCCGGUUGGAGAACCAAACUUUAGUCUGUUCAGUAGAUUUGGAUAUAUAUUGUAGCGUUUUGUACUCCCACCCCGUCUAUUUUUAUAGUUUUAUUUUUAUGCACAAAAUUGUCAUGUGGGUGGCUUUUGUAUGAAAACUGUAACCACCCCAGAAUUCAUUUCCUUUACGCUUUUCUUUUGAAUUUAUCAAUUCCACUAAGGUUUAAACAAAAACUACUCUUUGGCCUUGUCAAGAUUUUUUUCUAGUGUUGAGCCAGUUAAAAAGGGAUGAAACGUGAAACGACCACGGAUUAUUUUCCAGAUAAAGGGCAGGCCGAAUAAUAAUGGAAGAAAAUUGAUUUCCUACCAGCAUUUAAACAACUCAACGUUGGCCUUAGAGCCAGACGAAGUUAACGAAAGAAAGAGAAUUGUGUAUUUCUAAAUGUCGUCGUCUUUCUUUUUCAAAAAGGUCAAGUUCUUCAUAACCGACGAGACUGUUGAUUUAAUGAUGAGAGAAAUCGCCGAUCAGGAUCCGUGGGUAUGUGUGAUGAUGUUUGGCGCACUAACCUCACACCUCCUUAAACCUCUAAUUUCAUUGGACCCCUACUUUUCGCAACUCUUUUGUUGUGGGCCAAGGUUCCAUUGUUACCUUUGUUUGGACGUAUCACCUUUAAACUUUCGCGCAGUGUCGUUGGGUAUUUGCUUACUGCUUGUUAUCAAAAGUAGUAGUAAAAAAACGUGGAAGGAUGUAUUGUUCCGCAUGCAUUUCAGGGAUUCGUAUUUUAUGCUAGCACUUCUUCCCACCAGGUGUUGUACGUAGUUUAACUGACGUCUAGUUCCUAGUUCAACAGGUGCCAAGUUUUGCACCUGUUAUAAGCAAAUAUGAUGAAUCACUUGUAUUUACACACGUGGGUUUGUGAAGAAGAGCUUUGGACCGUUCGUUUACGUUUUUGUGGAUACGUCUGGCAAAUCAUAUCGCCAUUUAACUCUCUUUAUUAUCCUUUCAGUUGGCUCCAGAAGGGGAAGCGAGCGUGAAGGUUUCAUCCCUUACGGACGAAUGCCUCGAGCUUGAGGUUGAAACUAAUUUAAAAGAAGCUGCUGACAAGAAAUCGUUUAAAAAUAACGAGGAAUCUGCAGAUACGUGUCAUAUGGGAGAAUACAUCAGUUCUUGUGAGGAAGUAAACACAGAAUUAACGGACGAUCAGCAAAAAGACAAGGUUGAGUUUGGUAGCACGGAGUUGAAGGAAGCUAGCAAGGAAAUGUACGAAGAAAAGCAAGGUUUUAAGGGCUCCGAUCCCGAGAUUAAAGACGGCGGUGAGGGUUUGGAAGAAAAACAUGAUAAUUUAGUACCAAUUGAUGUGAUAAGUAAUGCUGUGAGAACUAGGCGCUCCAUUCUUAGGCGGACUUCAAGCACGUCCACCGAUGAAUCCCUGGGGGACGACAAUGAAGUAAACGGAAUCCCGGAAUCGCCGAGCAAGAAAAACGUACGGUUUAAUCUCAAUCCCAACGUUCGUGUCUUCAGCAACAAAAAGGACAAAAAGAAAAGGAAGCUAGAAGCAAGACUGGAAGCUGAGGCGAGAAAAAAUUCACUUGAAAGCGAAGGAAGUGGAUCUGAACUAAGCAACGGCUCGUCGCCCGUUAAUGAAGGGAACGGAUGGGGCGGGUUUGGGGACCAUUCCUGCGGGGAGGGUGUUGAUCCCGCCGCGCUAGAGGUCGUGAAAGAUAAAGGAGAAAGUGAAGAAGUAUCUAAAAAUAAUGUUCAUGAUAACGAAAAUGCUAAACCGGCGACUUUAUCGGCGAGUGACGGCGAUUCCUUUGGGUUGACGAAUAAUUUGAUUUUUGAACUGGAUGACUAACAAGUGUUAAUGUAGCUGUAAAUGGUGAUGAUUUUAGUAUCAUAUAAUAUUCGGGAAAAUAAGUUCUAAUUUAAGGGUC